UAUUUUUCUAAGGGACUUUUAUUUUUCAAGGGAAAUUAGUUUAUUUUCUCUUGGGAAAAUAAAAAUUACUUAUGAAAAUAUAGUUCCCAAACUAGCUCUUAUAUAGAAUUUCGGUUGUCAUUUUUAAAAACUGAACUUAAUAACUGAACUGAAAAAUUUCAGUUAACCGAGUGCCUAGACCUAAUCCAAGCGAGCCAAAGCCAACCACCUUUCCUUGCGGCAGUAGCCCCGAAACCCCGUUCGUUGCGUAGCCAAAUCGAGAUCUCCGUCUCCCCCGUGACGAAUCCCACGCCCACCUCUCCCCGACCCGGCUGGCCGCAGCAACAGCGCAUCGCACCGGGAGGCGGGAGCCGAAGAACCAAACAGGAGAUGGCGUCGGCGCUGUCCUCCCUGCGCUACGGCGACAGCCUCUCGGUGGUGGGCAUCUCCGCCGCGACGGCCGUGCUCUGCGAGGCCAUCUCCUGGCUUCUCAUCUACCGCACCGCCACCUACGACUCCCUCCGCGCCUCCAUCGAACGCCACUCACGCAAGCUGGACGCCAUGAAGUCCGGCUCCAACUCCUCCGGCGCUGCCUCCUCCUCCGCGCAGGCCGCGUCGUCGCGGGCUAAGAAGAUGGACCGCGUCGAGACCAGCCUCAAGGACGCCGCGCGGGAGCUCUCGCUUGCCAAGCUCAAGUCGGGCGCCGUCGUCGCCGCCGUGCUCUUCGUCGUCUUCGGCCUGCUCAACUCCCUCUUCGAGGGCCGCACCGUCGCCAAGCUGCCCUUCGCGCCCAUCCCGCUCGUCCAGCGGAUGAGCCACCGCGGACUGCCCGGGAACGAUCCCACCGACUGCUCCAUGGUCUUCCUCUACUUCCUCUGCUCCAUGAGCAUCCGAACCAACCUCCAGAAACUGCUCGGCUUCGCCCCGCCGCGCGCGGUUGCUGCGGCCGGCGGGGGUCUCUUCCCCAUGCCCGAUCCGAAAGUUAACUGAGGAGAAAAAUGGAAGACUUAUUACUGUUGAUGACAAAUCCUUAGCACUAGCUCGGACUCUGAUCUUCUGGGGACUUGAGAAGUGUCUCUGAUGCAUGGAAAUAUGCACACUUUGAAUGGUUAUAUCUAGAUUAAAUCUCGGUAUUUCAGCAGUUUAAAUGAAGGGCAGGUCUGGCGUAGUGGUGAGAGCUGUCCUCACUCAUCAGGUCUCUCCGCAUUUACGGGGAAAGACUUGCCUCGAUUUAUCUCUUCUCUAGACCCAACUCGGAGUCUCCGACACUAAGUCUGCUCUUUAUUUCAUCAGUUUAUAUGACUUCUCUGUUCGAUUUGUUAGAGCAGGAAUCACAUCUACAGUUCUGCAAAAUUUUCAUCAAGGGAUAUGGAGCUAUAAUCUAAUUUUUACUGUCA